CCUCUUUCUCGUUCCUUCCAAAUCUCAUCUCUCACUUCCCUUUAUUUCUCUCUUUCCUCUCUGUCAUACCCGCGAAAUCAAUAAUAAAAUAAAAAAAAUCAUUUUUUCCCCUUCAUAUUCAUAAUCUUCAUUGUUUCUUGAUUUGAAAUCUUAAUUAAUAAUCUUUCAAAAAACCCUAGCCCAUAAAUCUUUCCUUUACAAAAAAAAAAAAAAAAAUCAAUUGAGUUUUUAGAUCUGUUAUUUUUUUCAUUUUUUUGUGUUUAUCCUUAGAUCUCUCAAAGUAGUUUCUUGAUUUGGGAUUUUUUGAGUUUUGAGCUGUGGGGGUAGGUUAAAUUCAUCUAUAAUUGAAGGGUUGGUUUAGAAAUUUGAAGGUUUUGCAUAUGAGGACUUGUUAGUUUUCUUUUUUGGCGGUUAAGUACCUUUAAUUUUUUUUAAGAAUGGAUUAGAUUGAUGUUGUAGUUAGCUCUUUCUGAAUAAAUUUGUGCUGUGUAUGUUUUUGUGUGGUGGUGUUUGGUAGGUGUAUUUGAUUUGAUAUGGGGGUAGGGGAAAGUGAAGUUUGUAUUGCGGUAAUGAAUGAUGGAAUGAUGGAAAUUGAGAAACCCAUGAAUGUUGAUUCAAAGUGUGACAUACAAUGUGUUGAGAAGAAGAAAUUUAAUACUUUAGAUGGGGUGGAAUUAGAUAGUUGUGCUACGAAUCACGCUGAAAAAGUAGUAGAUGGUGUAGAAGUAGAACAUUGUGCUAUGAAUCGUGAACCUGAAACUAUGGAUGGUGUAGAGGUAGAAUGUUGCGCUACGAAUCGUGAACCUGAAACAAUUGGGAUGAUGGAAAUUGAGAAACCGGUAAAUGUUGAUUCAAAGUGUGACAGACAAUGUGUUGUAGAUGCUACUGAACAGGAGCCAUGUGUUGAGAAGCAGAAAUUUGAAGAAUCUGAUUGUUGUGCAACGAAUCAUGCUACGAACUGUGCACCUGAAACUGUAGUAAUGAGUGAUGGAAUGAUUGAAGUUGAGAAACCUGUAAAUGCUGAUUCAAAGUGUGACAGACAAUGUAUUUUAGAUGCUACUGAACUGGACUGUGCACCUGAAACUGUAGUAAUGAGUGAUGGAAUGAUGGAAAUUGAAAAACCCGUAAAUGUUGAUCAGAAGUGUGACAGACAAUGUGUUGUAGAUGCUAUUGAACAUGAGCCAUGUGUCGAAAAGCAGAAAUUUGAAACUUUAGAUGGUGUAGAAUUAGAUAGUUGUGCUAUGAAUCAUGCUACGGACUGCGCACCUGUAACUGUUGAUGGUAUAGAAGUAGAAUGUUGUGCUAUGAAUCGUGAACCUGAAACUGUAAAUGGCGUAGAAGUAGAACGUUGUGCUACAAAUCAUGAACCUGAAACUGUAGAUGGUGUAGAAGUAGAAUGUUGUACCACAAAUCGUGAACCUGAAACUGUAGAUGGUGUAGGGGUAGAAUGUUGUGCUAUGAAUCGUGAACCUGAAACUUUAAACACAGAGGAAUUAGAGUCAGAUGAGAAGCAACCGAAGAAGUUGAAUAAUUGUGAUGUCCAGCCCUAUGUAAGGAUUGACGUGAAGGAAGCUUCGAAUGAUGAUAUGCUGUCUGAAGUUUCAAAUCCAAAUUUGUCUCCAAGAGAGAACACUUCAAGUUUCCAGACUAUCAGUAGUCAAGGGGUGGAUUUGUUGAGUAGUAAUAAUCAUGGUGGUUCUGGAGAGAUUACAUCUUAUUCGUCGGGGAAUUCAAGUGCAGAGGAGAGUGUUAGUGAGGAAGAGCAGAAUCAAAUUGAGGCAUCUAAGGCAGUCGCUAAGUCCUCUGUGGUUCUUGAAAUUCCGAAGGAAUUUAGCACAACUGGUGUCAGGAAGAUUACAUUUAAGUUUAGUAAAAGGAAGGAGGAUUGUCGUAAUGCAUCUGCUUCAGUUGCUCCACCUGUGACUGAUGGGGUUGAUGCUGGGUUUAGGGAAGCACAUGCAUGGAAUCCUGUGGUAUCAGAUGAUAUGAAUCCACAUUGGAUUCCAAGCACAAAUGGAGCAUUUUAUCAACAUGAAGAUCCCUUUUUAUGUCCUCCAAACAUGGAACUAAAAAUGUCUACUUCUGAUGCAUACCCGACAAAUGUCAAGAAACUUCUAUCAACGGGAAUUUUAGAAGGAGCACUGGUGAAGUACAUUUCAACUUCUGGGCAGAGGGAGCUUCUUGGAAUCAUAAAAGAUUGUGGGUACUUGUGUGGUUGUUCAUACUGCAAUUUCACCAAAGUUCUCAGUGCUUACGAAUUUGAAGUGCACGCUGGGGGCAAGACGAGACAUCCAAACAAUCAUAUUUAUUUGGAGAAUGGGAAACCUAUUUACAGGAUGAUUCAAGAAUUGAAGACUGCACCACUUAGUCAACUGGAAGAAGUUGUAAGAGACGUGGCUGGUUCUUCCAUUAACGAGCGAUAUUUGGAGGCUUGGAAAGCAAAACUCCUGCAGCACUAUGAGGAGGCUAGUGCUGAUCAAUAUCCUCAUGGAAAGGCUUCAGGGAUGUAUCAGUAUAAGCCAUGGAUGAACUUCAGUGAUUGCAGUCUGGUGAUGGAAGAUGGCCUUUAUCCUGCUUCGUACUCCUAUAUUGACAACUUUCCUCCAAAUCAAUUUAGCUCUAUGGAGACAGCGGAGGCAUGGAAGCAUGUGGUUAAAAAGCCAAGGUGCAAUUUUUCCAGUUCAACACCAGAGCCAAAGAAAUCUGCUGAAGGUAGCACAAAAAAAAGGGAUAAUGACUUGCACCGAUCACUAUUCAUGCCACAUGGACUUCCAGAUGGUACUGAUUUGGCAUAUUAUUCUAAGGGAAAGAAAGUUCUGGGGGGCUACAAGCAGGGUAAUGGCAUUGUCUGCAGCUGCUGUGAUACUGAGAUUAGUCCUUCCCAGUUUGAGGCUCAUGCUGGAUGUGCAGCUAAACGUCAACCCUAUCGUCACAUCUACACUUCCAGUGGACUUACCCUACAUGAUAUAGCAUUAAUGCUGGCAAAUGGUCAAAGUAUUGCUACCAAUAACAGUGAUGAUAUGUGUACAAUGUGUGGCGAUGCGGGAGAACUGAUUUGCUGUGAAGGGUGUCCUAGGGCUUUUCAUGCAGCUUGUUUAGGUCUACAGUGUACCCCGACCAGUGGUUGGCUCUGUUCAUAUUGUAGAGACAAAUUUGUCCCUGGUAGGAAAACUGCAGGAGAUGCAGGACCAAUUAUGAUACGGUUGACAAGAGUGGUUAAAGCUCCAGAAUCUGAAGGUGGCGGUGGUUGUGUUGUUUGCAGGACCCCGGACUUCAGCGUUGCCAAAUUUGAUGAUCGGACAGUUAUGCUCUGUGACCAGUGUGAGAAAGAAUACCAUGUUGGGUGUCUGCGGGAAAGUGGGCUGUGUGAUCUGAAAGAACUCCCGAAGGAUAAAUGGUUUUGUUGCAAUGACUGCAAUAAAGUUUAUGUGGUACUUCAGAAUUGUGUUCUGAAGGGAGCUGAGGUCAUUCCAGCUCCUGCAGCAGCUGCCGUAACUAAGAAGCAUGUCCAGAAAUGUUUAGUGGAUACAGCUACAGAUGACAUUCAGUGGCGAAUCUUAAGUGGGAAGAGUCGCUUCCCGGAGCAUCUACCUCUUCUUUCCAGUGCAGCAACAAUCUUUAGGGAGUGCUUUGAUCCUAUUGUUGCCAAAUCUGGACGAGAUCUUAUACCUGUUAUGGUUUAUGGGAGAAACAUCUCAGGUCAAGAAUUUGGGGGAAUGUAUUGCAUCGUUUUGAUUGUGAAAUCAGUAGUUGUAUCAGCUGGUCUUCUCAGGAUUUUCGGGCAAGAGGUUGCUGAACUCCCUUUGGUGGCUACAAAUAGAGAAAACCAAGGGAAAGGUUAUUUCCAGGCGUUAUUUGGAUGUAUUGAGAUUCUAUUAUCUUCGAUGCAUGUUAAAAACCUCGUUCUGCCUGCUGCUGAGGAGGCUGAAUCCAUCUGGACAAAUAAGCUGGGUUUCAGAAAGAUGACUGAUGAACGCUACCGGAAGUAUUCAAGAGACUUCCAGUUGACGAUAUUCAAGGGGACGUCAAUGUUGGAGAAGGAAGUGCAGCAGACAGCUUAUGAAUUGUAAUUCAUCUUUGUGGAGAAUGUGCAAGAAGGAGUAGAUCGCUGUAUAUCUUGAAUGCACUCUUAUUUAAGAAGGGAGACCUCUAUUAUACUCAAUGAUCUGAAAUGGAGCUGGAAUUAGAGAAAGAGAGGCUUCUUGUUACAAAACAAUUUUUUCUUUCAUACCGAGAACAUGCAAAAUGCACCUUUAGCUGAUGAUUAAAUAGUACAUGAGGCGAGGUAAUUCUGGAGGCACAUCAAGUUGCUGGUGAACCUUGUGGGGAUCAUCCUUAGAUGCAAGGACAAUUGUACGUCUUAUUCUUUAUUUACUGCUAUGUUUUCAUAAAGUAGUAGUUGGUUUUAUAGAUUAGUUUUCAGCUAAUGUAUAAAGAGCAGCUGAGGAACUGCUCGUCUGAAGUCCUCGAGGCAUGCUGACCUUUUAUCAUGCGUGCGUGGGGCAAACGUUUUUACCCCUUUUCUUUUUCCAGUGGUAGCAUCCUUUUGUACAUUUACAGUGCAUACAGAGAAAAUUUUGCCAAAAAGUAAUGUAGGAUAUAUCUUAUACGGGA